AUGUUGUGGUUCGGUGGAAAUCCGAGUCCGUCUGACUAUCCAAAUGCAGCUAUUCCUAAUUUUAAUAUGCACGCAUUUGUGAUAUUCUCGGUAUUUCUAAUCCCGUUCAUCGCUUAUCUCCUAAUCCUACCCGGAGUACGACGGAAGCGAGUCAUCACAACAGUCACUUAUGUGCUUAUGCUAGUUGUAGGUGCCUCUUUAAUAGCAUCUCUGAUUCUUCCAUGUUGGGCGUCGGGUAAUCAAAUGAUCUACACCCAGUUUCGCGGUCACUCAAACGAGCGGAUAUUGGCCAAAAUUGGGGUGGAAAUCGGGUUGCAGAAAGUGAAUGUCACACUUAAAUUCGAGAGGUUACUCUCUUCAAGUGAUGUUCUUCCUGGAAGCGACAUGACAGAAUUGUACUACAACGAGGGAUUUGAUAUUUCUGGAAUCUCCUCAAUGGCGGAAGCACUUCAUCAUGGGCUGGAAAAUGGUUUACCGUAUCCAAUGCUCAGUGUUCUUGAAUAUUUCUCAUUGAAUCAAGAUGCUUUUGAUUGGGGGAGACAUUACCGAGUAGCUGGACACUACACGAAUGCAGCUGUUUGGUUUGCAUUUGCUUGUUGGUGUCUUUCUGUGGUGCUUCUUUUCUUGUUGCCACAUAAUGCUUAUAAGUCGAUUCUUGCCACCGGAAUCUCUUGUCUUAUUGCUUGUCUUGUCUACUUGCUUUUAUCUCCAUGCGAACUUCGGAUAGCAUUCACAGGAGAGAACUUUGAGAGAGUCGACCUGACAGCGACGUUCUCAUUCUGUUUCUAUCUUAUCUUUGCCAUGGGUAUUUUGUGUGUUCUCUGCGGUCUCGGGCUCGGUGUUUGUGAGCAUUGGCGCAUCUACACAUUGUCCACUUUCCUCGAUGCCAGUCUAGACGAGCAUGUUGGUCCUAAAUGGAAAAAGCUGCCGACUGGAGGACCAAGUUUGCAGGGAGUUCAGAUUGGAACAUACAGAACUAAUACAACCAAUAGCAGUCGCGACAAAAGCAGUUUGACAAGUGACAAAACAGCUGGAUCCAGCGGUUUUCAGUCAAGAACGAGUACAUGUCAAUCGAGUGCGAGCUCCGCAUCAUUAAGGAGUCAAACAUCGAUCGAAACGGUUCAUGAUGAAGCAGAACUAGAUAAGGCACAUGUCCACUUUUUACAAGAUCCAUGCUCUUCAUCAUCAUUAUAA